AUGUUCUGUUCUUUUUGCGAGGGCCUAUCCAUCGAGCGCCUCGUCGAGCUGACAGCGGUUGAGUACAACGGAGGCAGAUUCCCAACCCAUGCUUUCUAUCAGCAUCACGCCACGAUCGAAGACCUGGUCGACUCGGCCGACAGUGGAUGCGAAUUCUGCCAGUUCAUAGUUGCCUGCGCAGAGGCGGCGCCAUGUUCGAGAAGCCAGGACGAGGAUCUCUCUUUCUUGGCGUUCUGCCAAGUGUGCGAGAUGCGCAGCACGGAUGUUAAGAUAGCUAUACAUGCUCACCAUACAGUAAACGAAUACGAAACCAUUGGGGAGGUCAAGCUACUUGACACGGUUCAAAUAUGGUUUGGACCGAACCCUCCAUAUGGCUAUGAGGAAAUGGAAGGUUAUUCCCAUCUAGAAUGGCCACUGAAUCUAAACAUCACUGUCCCACGAGAGCGGCCGCUGAUAGUAGGCAAUCAUCGCAUCGGGAGAAACCAGCUUGAUCCUGACCUCGGCUCGGACGCAAAUUUCGACGUGGCUCGGUCUUGGUUUGCUGCCUGCUGUAACGAACACAGUGGGUGUCCGCCUAGGACUAUAAACAAGUUGCCGACGCGGUUAGUCGAUGUCGGAGAGGCACCUGACUGGAAUGUGCGCCUUACGGAAAGCCAAGGAGGCCAGGGUGAAUACGUCGCCCUGAGCCAUUGCUGGGGAGUAAGCCCCAUGAAACUGACCCUCCGCCGGGACAAUCUGAAAACAUUUUUGAAGGCUUUACCGAUGUCGGACCUCCCUGCAAACUUUCGGGAUGCCAUAACAAUAACGAGGAAGCUUGGUAUGAGAUAUCUCUGGAUCGAUUCACUCUGUAUCAUCCAGGGGGAUGAAAGAGACUGGGGGAUUGAGUCUGCCAAAAUGACGGAGCUCUAUCUCAACGCUUCCUUCACCAUCUGUGCGGCAGCGUCUAACGGAAGUGAUUGCGGUAUUCUCCAUCAGCCUCGACCAACCCAAAAAUGGGUUCCAGAAAACUUCCAGGUUAGGUCCCAAGGGCGCAUGCGUGUGUAUUCGGAUUCCAACUCGAACGCAGAAACAGUUCCGCUUAGCCUCUAUAAGCCACAAAUCGGUUGGGAGGAAGAAAGCUAUGAUUCGGAAGCAGAUGAGACGAUGGCCGAUAUUGAAAUUGUGGGCGCUUUGAGUAACCGAGCUUGGACAUUGCAAGAAAAGAUUCUUUCCCCGCGACGAUUGGUAUAUGGCAAGCGACAGAUUUAUUGGAUCUGUUUGGAGGGAUGCCACAGCUCAGACGGCUUGCCAGAAUGCUUGCCAACCGUUACGGAUUUCGAAUACCCGUCCGUAAUGAGGCAUUUUCAUAGUCCAGGCCUGCAAGAUCCGGCGGCACUAUCGCCCACAGAGAUCCGGCAAAUUCAGAGCGACUAUUACAAUAUAGUCUACAACAUGUAUACGGCCAGAAAGUUAACGAAGCCCUUUGACAAGCUGCCGGCUUUCGCCGGUCUUGCGAAGAGGUUCCAACCUAUUUUUGGCGGUCCUUACUUGGCAGGGGUUUGGUUGCACGACAUACAUCGAGGAAUCACGUGGUACAACUGCGAUGGGCCCUGGCCUCACGCUCCGGCGCAGCCAUACAGGGCCCCCUCGUGGUCGUGGGCUUCUGUAGACAAUGGGAUAUCGAGACUACUCGGUUGUAACAACUCUGACAGGGUGUGCCACUGUGUCAAGUACUCAAGAUUUGAACUGCUGGACUAUACCGUGGAAUACUGCGACAAGAGUAAUCCAUAUGGCCAAAUAAAGAGCGCGAGUCUCUCGGUUCGGGGACGCAUUAGGACACUGCGUCGUUUCCGGCCAUCACAUCGUCAGAUGGAUUACAAUGAUGACUCUGGAAUCGUCAGUGUUAUGAGCUGGUUUGAUGAUAACAAUAUCAUGCCAUUGGAGUUUCAAACGGCGGAUGUUGAUGGACAAAAAUUCCUCCUUUGGCCAUUGGAGGAAGAAUUACCCACUGAGGAGGUCGGCCGGGGCUGUUACCCGUCUGUCCCCGAGAAAGACUUUAUCAUCCUGGUAGUUGAAGUCACCCACGGCUGCUUCCCGAGAUAUCACACGGAAAUUUUAUUCGACAACGAAUCAGUAAAACCAGUCUCCCAGAGGGGCGGAGAAGAAAAAGAGGCUGCUGUAAUAAAGUCAGCAUCAACAGAAGAAAAUUUGGGGCAAAUUAGCCGUGUUUCGACCUGUGAAGCAGUAUUCAGCGGUUUGGGAUCCCUUAGAUCGGAAUCUUCGAGUGUAGAAAGUUGGGUAGACGGAGAUACGGACUCGCAAAAUGACUGCUUCUGGACAGACGGGGAAGAUGAGCUCGCGGAUAGUGGCCUUGACUUCCUGGAUGAUAGCGAUGAGGAUGUGACAAGGACUCAGACUGACGGUGGAGGAGAACAAGGGGAGGAUGAAGCCAGGAUUGAGUGUCUGAUUUUGGAACGGGACCUGGAGCGACAAGAUGUUGCGUACAUAAAGGUUGGAAUGGUGUCAAUAUUUGAGCCUAUGAGGUUCCUUGAGGAUUGGGAGGUUACGACUUUGACGUUAAUUUAG